ACUGGAGCUUCGACCGGUGGUUCGACAGUUCGAGAAAGGUCCAGAGGCGGCUUUAGUCUGAAGCUCUCAUGAUAUUUCAGAAUCAUCCGGGGUCUGAUGGAUUAUAUUUCUCUUCUUUCCUAAAACAACCUUUCUUCUUUAUUUCUUCUUUAUUUCAAGUGAAAUAUUUUGUGACUUUUCUUAAUUUCUUCUAACUAUAAUCCAUAGAUACCAAUUGUUAUAAUAUUGACACGAUACUUACUUCCAUCUUCUCAUCAUGUUGGCGAGAAGUCAACUUCUCAGAUCUUCGAGACGAGUUGCAGAUGCUUCGUCGAGAAGACUUACUCGACUUAGUGUAACCCCUUCGCAAUUAUCAACAGCUGCGCUCAUUACCACAGCAAAAAGAUUAUCCAAUGUCACCUUACCAGCUCCCACACACCGAACAUAUGCAAAUGGCCGGCCUCAUCCCCCGGGUGGUACCCAUCGAAUGAACAUGGGCGGCGAGCCCGAGAAGCCGGCUUUGGAGCAAUAUGGAAUAGACCUUACAGCGAAGGCGAGAGAUGGAAAGUUAGACCCCGUUAUUGGCAGGGACGCCGAAAUACAACGUACCAUUCAGGUUCUGUCGCGACGAACGAAGAACAACCCGGUCUUGAUCGGAAACGCGGGAACAGGAAAGACAGCUAUCCUGGAGGGCCUGUCGCUGCGGAUAGUACGGGGCGACGUCCCAGAGAGCAUAAAGAAUAAAAGAGUUAUUGCGUUGGAUCUGGGAUCACUCAUCGCCGGUGCCAAGUUUCGCGGUGACUUCGAAGAGCGUUUAAAGAAGGUUCUAAGCGAGGUUCAGCAAGCGCAAGGCGAAGUUAUCCUGUUUAUCGAUGAGUUGCACACUCUCCUCGGUCUCGGAAAGGCUGAGGGUUCCAUUGACGCCUCAAAUCUGCUUAAGCCAGCUCUGUCCAGAGGAGAAUUACAAUGUUGCGGUGCGACCACCUUAACCGAGUACCGACAAAUCGAGAAAGACGUUGCCCUGGCUAGGCGUUUCCAGCCCAUUUUAGUAAAUGAACCUACUGUGGAGGACACUAUCAGCAUCUUACGAGGUAUCAAAGACAAAUAUGAAGUCCACCACGGUGUCCGAAUUACGGACGGUGCGCUCGUGGCGGCUGCGACGUAUUCAAACCGAUACAUUACCGAUCGUUUCUUACCCGACAAGGCCAUCGAUCUGAUGGAUGAAGCGGCAAGUUCGCUACGUUUGCAGCAAGAGAGCAAACCCGAAGACAUCAUGCGACUUGACCAGAAGAUCAUGACAAUUCAGAUCGAGCUGGAAAGUCUACGGAAAGAAAAAGACGUGGCAAGUCGUGAACGGCGCGAGAAGCUAGAGGAGGACCUCAAGAAGCUGCAGGAGCAAGAGAAGAGCUUAACUGAGAGGUGGGAAAAGGAGAGAAGCGAGCUUGAAGCUAUCAAGAAAGUUCAAGAGGAGCUAGACAAGGCCCGCGUUGAGCUUGAACAAGCGCAAAGAUCGGGAAACUUCGCUCGGGCCUCUGAAUUGCGUUUCGGUGUCAUCCCGAAAUUAGAGCAGGAACUACCUCAGGACGGCGAGGCACAGCCCGAAGCGCAAGGCCCCGAUACUUUGAUUCACGACUCGGUGACGGCCGACGAUAUCGCAAAUGUCGUCUCGAGGAUAACUGGGAUCCCCGUCUCCAAGUUGACCUCGGGACACAUCGAGAAGCUGAUACACAUGGAAGACAUCCUCCGCGAAUCCGUUCGCGGCCAAGACGAAGCUCUCGAGGCCGUCGCAGACGCCGUGCGCAUGCAGCGUGCCGGUCUAAGCGGCGAGAACCGUCCUCUUGCGUCGUUCUUCUUCCUCGGUCCCACCGGCGUCGGUAAAACCGAGCUGUGCAAGAAACUCGCCGGCUUCCUAUUCUCGACCGAAACCGCCGUGGUCCGGUUCGACAUGAGCGAGUUCCAGGAGAAACACACGAUAUCGCGACUGAUCGGCGCGCCCUCGGGCUACGUCGGGUACGAGGACGCCGGCCAGCUAACCGAAGCCGUGCGCCGGAAGCCGUACGCGGUGCUGCUCUUCGACGAGUUCGAGAAGGCGCACCGCGACAUCUCGGCGCUGCUCCUCCAGGUGCUCGACGAGGGGUACCUGACGGACGCGCAGGGCCACAAGGUGGACUUCCGCAACACCAUCAUCGUGCUGACGUCGAACCUAGGCGCGGACAUCCUAGUCGGCGCCGACCCGCUCCACCCGUACUCGGAGACGCCCGACGGCGAGAUCAGCCCGGACGUGCGCAUGGCGGUGCUCGACGUGGUGGCCGCGAGCUACCCGCCCGAGUUCCUCAACCGCAUCGACUCCUUCAUCGUCUUCAAGCGGCUGACGGUGGACGCGCUGCGCGACAUCGUCGACAUCCGGCUGCGCGAGCUGCGCGGGCGCCUCGACGACCGCCGCAUCGCGCUCGAGGUCCCCGACGACGUGCGCGGCUGGCUCGCCGAGCGCGGGUAUGACCCCAAGUUCGGCGCCAGGCCCCUGAACCGCCUCAUCGCCACCAAGAUCAGCAACCGGCUCGCCGACAAGAUCAUCCGCGGCGAGCUCAAGAGGGGCGACACCGCGGCCGUGCGCGUCACGGACGACGGUUCCGAGUUGGAGGUGUAUGUCGUGCCGACGGCUGGGUCGGAGGAGCGGAAAAAGGAGUAGGAGAUGAAUGAGCAAGUGCUUUGUGUGUGUGAGUGUGAUUUUUCAGACCUCAUGGUGAUUGGUGGUGGACUUGUGAAAAGAAAAGUACUUGAUUUUAUGGCGUUGGUGGGGAAAAGGGGAAUGAAUGCAUGGAAUGAGAUGAGAUGGGAUGGGAUGGGACUCUUGGGAUGUGGAAUGUUCAUGUGAAAUGGUUCUUGUAUUAUAUUAUAUUAUACGUGUUUACGUACAUACGUCGCUGGUCUCGUACCUAUAUUAUAUUAUAUUGUAUACAUAAAAAUACUAAUCUGUCUAUGUUGAUAUUCCACUCGGAUCAGACCCUGUCCCUCUGUACGGUCCUAUUAUUAUAGUCAUAUGGUGGUUACUUUGGGUACUUGAAUUCUACUUUAAUGCAACAACGUCUACCUGAAAUAUAAUAAUAUACCU